GAAACGUCAGAAAAAUGAAAGUUCCAAGCUGGCACCUUGACACAGUGUUUCGGGGCCGUGGGUUUUCGUGAUUUUCACACGUUUGUGACGAGCGACCGUUGGUAAGUUGGCUCGCGUGAAGCGUAUCGUGUCCACGUGAGUGUCCUUGUGAACGUUUCAAGUGAAUUUCCCGGACGGUCUGUGAGAAAAACGGAUUUUUCGUAGCUGCCAAUUUUGAAAGGAAAAAGAGUUGUAAAUAAUUUCGGAAGAGUGUGAGGCGAAUAGCGAUAAGCGAGUAGAGCAUAUUGGUAGUGGAUUUCCCUUAGUUUCUUUUAUACAACGCACCGGCCGCCUGGAGCAGGAUCGCACUAGGCCACCACAGACUGUUCUACGACUCGGCGCCCACUUGCCAGAACGAGAUCGACAUCCAAUCCGGAUUGUUUGACGUGUAAAUUUUCAAUGCCGUUUGCCAGACAGGGAGCGCAAGCCACCCGCCCGAGCGAGAGGUGAAUGCCGUCGACUGUCAACUUGGCAUUUUGUAUGUGACGUUCGAUUGAUUCGGGGGGAAAGUCACUGCUCCACAAAAAUAUCGCUGAGAAAAUUUUCCCAUAUUUCCGCAUUUCCGUACGAAUAUUUCCCGUUUCAAUUCGAGAAAAUUAUCGGUGCGUACUCGGCCAUCACAUUCGCUUCGCCUUAUCAGUGCAUUGUCCGUUGUUUUGCAUUCAAUCGGGAUUUUUAUUGUUUUCAUUGUGGCCGCAAAAGUUAUCAGUACUCGAGUUAAUUAUCGCGAGAAAAACCAGGAGAGCCCCAGUGUGACUUGUAUUAUUGAUUUCUGCGUGUGCGGAUUCUGUGCUUCUGCUCUCCCCGGCCUGUACGGGUGCGAUUUUAAGAUUUUACGUGGACGUUUGGGCCGAGUCGCUUUUGCAUGUGAUAUUUGACGGGUUCUGCCUGGAAGUGGUGCAGAAAUCGAUUUGCCACGGGGAGGCGGAGAGUCGUCCACCCCGGCCCCGGUUGCCGCAUUCAGAGUGUCUUAUUGUGCCCGUUCCACGUCCGCGUGACCUGCACGGAAUCAGGCUCCCAAUUGCGUUUGACAAAGUCAGGAUGUGAACGACCUGGGCGACCCGAACGAAGCAAUUAAAAAUAGAACAAAUUAGCGGCAAAGUAGCGCCAUUGAUUGUAAUUGGAAAGUCAUCUCGUUUGCUCGCCUGAAAAUCGAUAAUGUCGUGGAUAAAUAGUCGGCAACAUGCUGGCGGCCAGCCGUUGCCACCUGCGAGCAUGACGGCGGCGACGACGGGCCCGCAAAGUGGUUCAGUGGGUUUUGGUGGUGGUGUCGGUGGAGGUGCCACUCAACAGCACCAGCAGCAGCAGGGUUGGCAGCAGCAACCACUUCACACCUACAGCCAUCAAACGCCCCAGUAUCCACCACAGCAGAAUAACCUGUAUAGCACUCAAUCGGCUCAAAAUUCGCGAAUUGCGCCACAGCAAUCCUGGCAACAGCAGCAACAACAACAGUUUCCACCUGUAAAUAAUCAAUAUUUCAAUAAGCAAAAUCCCGUCGUUGAUAGUUAUGUGCAACAAAAUCUAAUAGCUCCACCGGUAUCAUCGAAUCAAUCUACACCGCAACACUAUCAGCAACAACAACCCCAAGCCAAUAAUUUCUUUCAACCAAAUUUAGGUGUGAACUCAAAUAUUUCCAAUGCUCCGAAUCAACAGUCGUUCAUGAAACCUGAGCUAUCAGCAGUUGGCAGUAUGACUACGACAAUUCAGCAAAACGAUAAUCAGCCAGCAGCGAAUGAAGGCUGGGACGAUUGGGAGUGGACUGAUAAUAACAAUCAAUCGUUGCAAUCUGAUCAGAUGAAACAGCAAUUCCAAAAUCUGCAGCAACAACAACAACAGCAGAAUAUUCAAAAUCUAUCAACUCAAGACGUGAUCGCUGAUAGUUUCGCGACUAAUCAGGUGGACAGUUGGAAUUGGAGCAACGAUGAUGCGAAAAAUGCAAACACAAUACAGCAGUCGAAUGACGUUGUUCAAAACCAAUUUAUAUCACAGGAAAGACAACAUAUUGCAGACUCCUAUGGACCAGUUUCGUUAGGAGUUGUCUCCACAUCUAGUUUAGAAGAUUCUUCCAAAAUCGUAAGACCACCCUCGGUCGGGUCGGCUCCGUCAGGAUUUGUUCAGAAUGUGUUACAGCCACCACAGUUUUCUGCACAACAAACCCAACAAACAAUGCAACUUCCCCAAUCGACAGGGCAACAACUGUCCCUGCCGAAUCAACAGCCACCUGCUCCUCUUCAACAACCACCGCAAGUGUCUAUUCAACAAUCACAGCCAACGUCUCUUCAAUCUAACGUGACGCCUGAAAGUAUUGCAAACUCAGUUGCAAAUAACGUAUACGUAUCACAGGCGAAACCUGUUUCACAACCAGCAAGGCAAUAUGCAAUGACACCUUCCUCUGCUGGACAAGCGACACCACCAAAUGCCGUGAGCAGUCAGUUAGAUCCCCUCCCUCCUCCACCAUCCCAAACUCCAUUGGGAGGCGCCCUACCGCCUCCGCCAUCAACCAAUCAAACACCUCCUCCUCCACCACCAGUAUCUUCAUCUGCCGGGAACAACCCAUAUAAAAGAGCAGGUGCGGCACAGCAUCAUCGGGUAGCUUUGGCGCCAACAAAAACCCAGCAGCCAGCUGUUAUGCAGCCUCAAUUCUUCGGCCCAGUUGUGGGUGACUUCCAGCAGAAUGCAAGCGGUAAUCAAGAGUGCUUAGCACCUGACAAUUCAGAAGUGAUUGUAGAUAAUAAAGCAUUUGAAGUAGAAAAUUUGGAAGUAGCUCCCAAUAACGAACAGCGUAAUCAUCAUCAAGACGUUGCACCAAGCAACGAUCGUAAUCAGUACUUACAAACAGAUCAUCUGUCUGAAGAAGGGUACAAUAAUGUAGAGCUUGCUCAAGAACAAAAUGAGCAAGACAACUUCCCACCACCAGGCCUGUCGAGGCUGGUGCUAGGGCAACCUGAGGUUGAAAAUCCUCAAUUGGAUUCGAUAAAUCAAAAUGAAAUACCACCAGGCCUAGAUCGUAUGGUGCCUGGGACAGAGCUUGUCACGGCUGGAAUAAAUAUGGAACGCCAGGCAGAUGGUCAAGAUACCAUCCCGGCCCCACGUUCUGCCUUCUCCAAUGCUGCUCCAAUACCUCAAAACAACUCAUCUUCAAACAUUGAUAUUACAACCGACCGAAAUUUAUACUUGGUUCCGGGCGAAGUUGAUACUCACGAACAACGAAUCGUAACAGGUUUAGAGAACGGAGCAGAAGAAACUGCAACCGAGCAGCGAGAAGUCGAAUUGGAUGGAGAGAAUAUUGAGGACCAGCAACAGCAGCAACAUCAACAACAACAUCAUUCACAUCAGCAACAACAUCAUCCACAUCAUCAUCAUCAUCAAGCAGAUAUUGAAAUCACACGAGAAGAACCAAUCGAGGGUGCCAAUACUCUAGAUUCAUUGACUAACCCAAAUGCAAAUCAUGAAACCGAAUCAAGUCUUACAGUGGAAACAAAUCAAAAGGAUUUAUCAAAUCCAUCAACUUGUAAUGAUGAUAGUGAUCACAAGGGUCGGCACGGAUCCUAUUAUGGAAAGUCAAAUUCACGGAAACAAGAUGAUAAAAGGCGUUUACCGGGAGGAAAUGAUGGAAAAGAACGAAAGGAGCGGUAUGAAACAGAAUCAGAUUAUUAUUCGAGUGAUCGCGAUAGGAAAUUUAGAGAGGGUAGCGUACGAGGUGAUCGUGAUAGGGAUCGACCUAGUAAGGAACGUGAUCGUCGUGACAGACGAGAGGGAAGCGCACGCGAUCAGGAUAGAUAUCGUGAUGAUAAGGAUGAUAGAGACAGGAGAAGAUAUGAUCGCGAUCGUCAGCGCGGAAAACACGACCGUGAUCGCGAGCGUGAUCGAGAUCGCGAUCGGGGUGGACGUUACAACAAUAGUAAUCGAUAUGAAACCGAUUCAAAAUACGAAACUGAAACAUCAGUACGAUACGAGCGUCGUCGUGGUGAUCGGGAUCGUGAUCGACACGAUUACGAUUAUCGACGUGACGAUAAAGAUAAACGACACCGUCGCAAUGGUGGUGAACGAAAUGAUCGCGACGAUCGUGAUCGACGUCGUGACAACGAUCGUGACUAUCGUGAUCGACGACGUGGUGGUGAUCGCGGUCGUGGUGGCGGUGGUGGUAGCAGUAACGAAUAUGAUGAUGAUACAUAUAGCAGACGUACAGCAAGUAGUAGAAAUGCUCGUGAAACCGAUCGAGAAUAUAAGGAUCGAUCGAUGCGUGAUGUGAAAGAUCCUCGGUAUUCGUCUAAUAUGUAUGGAUACCCACAAGGAUAUGGCUAUGAUCCAUAUUCAUAUUAUCAGCAGCAGCAGCAAUACUACGAACAGCUGAGACGUACUAAUCCACAAGCCUAUGCUGAAUUGUAUCGAAAAUAUUACAGUCAAGUGCAAGGUGAUGUGAUGGGGCAUGAUGGUCGGGAGUCGGUACAUUCAGGUAGAAGUUCAGCUAAUAAUGAGAAGGAUAGGUAUAACUAUCAACAACACCAUCAAUAUUUCCAACAACAUUCCAACGAUUAUCAGCAACAGCAGCGUCAGUUCAUGCAUCCGCCAUCGAUCAGUUCAAGUUUAAAUUCAACAACUAUAGCCGAACAGGCAUAUCACUUGAAUGGCGGGCCAUCAACAGGAAAUCUAUCACAAUAUCAUUUACAACAUCAACAACAAGUAGCGGGUGGAUAUCCUGCUGUAUCAUCGGCACGAUCGUAUUACUCGCAAAAUGAUUAUCUGGACAUAAGGUCGGACCAAUUCAAUGCAUCAUUGAAUCUGAUCGAUGGUGCGUCAACAACUCAGGAACCACAACGAUCAACGCCAUGCAAAUUCACCAAUGAUCAUUCAAUAGCAUCUUUGGCGAAUGGUUUGAUGGUUUGUGUGAAACCGAAAUACGCAUCUAAUGGCAUUACGAAUGUUAUAAAAGUGUGGAAAUUCGCACCGAAUGAUUCGACCAAGCGUUUGCUCCACUCAUUCCCUGGACCAUUGGUACGGGGAAUUACGCACAAGAAGACCAUUAUAGAGUUUUGCGAAGACCAGAUACGACUGGGACCGCCAUCUAUGUUGUUGCGAUCACGUAAUAAUUCAGUGAGCAGUAUAUGCUCCGUAGGACAAGCUAAUAAAGCUUCAUUUACGUUGAUGUGGACUCUGCUGAUAUUGUUAUUGCGUCAAAAUGGGAUGGUUGUUGGAACUGACAUUGCUGAACUCCUUAUGAAAAACCAAACUCAGUUCCCAUACGAAACGAAUACAUCGAAUUCAAACGCUAUAAAAUCAUCAAGUGCCAGUCGUCGUAAUUCCAUUCAAUCCGAUCAGAAGAAAUCGCAUGAUAAUCGUAAUUCACAGAGCGACGAUGAUGAUGCCGACUCAAUGGAAGAUAAGGAAGAUGAUUCGGAGGAAUCGUAUUCAAAGAAAUCACCUGGCGAGGAAGAAAUUACAGAGAAAUUCCGAAAUUAUUUGUUAUACGGAAAUGUGAAUGAAGCUUUAGAAUGGGCGACCGACAACAAUCUAUGGGGUCAUGCUCUGUUCCUUGCAUCAAAAGUAGAUCGGCGGAUGCACGCCAAUGUUAUGAUGAAAUUCGCUAACAAAUUAUCAUUAAAUGAUCCGCUACAAACAUUGUAUCAAUUGAUGAGCGGACGAACACCGUCUUCCGUAACAAGUGUACAGGAUGAGAAAUGGGGCGAUUGGCGACCACAUUUGGCCAUGAUCCUUUCGAAUACAUCACAACGACCAGAUUUGGAUCGCAAGGCAAUCACAACGCUCGGUGAUUCAUUGUACAAUCGUGGUGAUUUAUUUGGUGCCCAGUUCUGCUAUUUAAUGGCACAGGUCGGUUUUGGACGAUACUCAUCGGUUAAUCAAGAUUCAAGCUUUAUGUCAAAUUCAGUGAAUGCUAUAAGACUUGUCUUGCUGGGAUCAUCACAUCACAAGACGUUUAGGGAAUUUGCUACCAACGAAGCGAUUAUGAUGACUGAAAUCUACGAGUAUGCAUGUGCGCUGAAUGAUGAUAAGUUCUCGAUAGUCGAAUUUCAGCCUUAUAAAUAUUUGUUAGCAUUGCGAAUGCUUGACUAUGGAAUGCAAUUGAAGACUCUUAUGUAUAUGGAACAAAUUUCGCGGCACAUUCAACUGGAUCCAGCGAAGUACGAAUCUAGCUUCAUUGAAAAGGUGUAUAACCUAUCAGACCGUUUAAAAUUCGUCGACCCAAUGCUGGAAAAAUCAAUGGAUGACCAACCGAACCUUGAGAUGAAUCAAGUUGAGGAUCAGCCCUGGCUUCAAAGCUUACGUGGAAUUUUGCACGAGUCAAAUGCUUAUACUGCCCAGCAAGUUACCGAAGUUCCAACAAUAUCCCAAAUCGAUCAGCAAUUCACUGAAAUCAAUCAACAAUUCAGUGCUCUCAGCCUACAAUAUAAUAAUUUCGAGUCAAAUGCUGAGUCCCAGCAACAACAAGACCAACAUUCAUAUCCUGGCACACAACCGCAAGUUGUAAAUGAUCCGCAGUAUCAAAUGCAGUACCAACAUCAGCAACCGAACAAUGGUGUUGAUUCUGAACCGCAAUCGAUGGAUCAGUAUGGACAAUACUACAACCCCAAUCAACAGCAAAUGCCUUCAUUGCCGGGACAAAGUAGUGUCACAUCGGACUAUGGAAGUUACGUUUCGCAAAGUCAUGAGCAGCAGCCAAGCUAUGACCAGGAACAAUACCAACAAUAUCCACCAGCAGAAGGCCAACAGCAAGGCCAAAACUAUGGAUAUUGGGAUCAACAAUCACAACAAACUGAGCCAAAAGGUCAAAAUACGGUCGACCAACCAUCUACUACUCCAACACCGUCACAAUUAACUGCUACUACAUCACCACCUCUUCUCGAGACUCCGACGAGACCUUGUUCUUCUAUAUCUACAUCUUCUGCCCCAAAUAAUUUGACUGUAUAUAAUAGUACGAAUAAGACCUCGACACAAUUUGACCCGGCAGCCGUAACGAACCAAAAGAAACAGAAUAUUGAAAGCCACACAGCUCCGCCUACUGUUGACCAAACGUCGUUAGAACCGAACAGGUCACCCUAUAAGUUAACGAAUUGCGAUCAAAAUAAAAUUUCCGCUGAUUCGACGAGAGAGGAUGUUAAUAAUCGAUUAAAAUUACCGCCAACGAGUCCGUCAGCGCCCGCUAGUAAUAAUAGUAAUAUUAGGGAACAUGCACCGUUGCCACCGCAUGUCGAAGAAACCCCGCGACCACAAAUUUCCAUGCCAAAUACAAUUUCGAAUAAACCGGGAUUUUAUGAUGAUACGACAAAUGAAAGUGCUUCUGCUGCAUCGAGAAAUAGUAAGCCAAGUGAGACUGCAAAUGCUUCGGCCGAUAAAAAACCAGCAGCAGCGAAAUCUGAUAAUAAAAAACAAGCCGGUGGUAGCGGUUCAACAAAUUCCGGCUGGUUCGGAGGCAUUUGGAAUAAACUUUCAUUGAAACCGAAAAAUCAAAUGAUUCUUCCUGACGAUAAGAACCCAUCCAUUGUUUGGGAUCCUGAUAAGAAACGUUGGGUUAAUACGGAUGGCGGUGAAGAUGAGCAAGAAGCCUUCAAGCCACCUCCAAAAAUGUCUGACAUUACCCAAUCAGCAUUCAAUGCAAACGCUGUGCGAAGACAAAGCUCUGGCAAUGAUACGAUGCCACCUAACCAACAGCCGCAGCAGAUACCACAACAGCAACAAAUACCACAGCAGCAACAAAUACCACAACAACAGCAACAACAACAAUAUAAUUAUGGUCAACAAGAUGUUCCUAUGAUGUCUACUAAUCCUACAGUGUCUAAUGUAUCACAACAACCUUCCACUAGUCCGGGACUAAUAUCAAGUGCAACUACAACAAAUUCAAUGAGUGCAUCAGCUAAUGCAGCUGCAGCUGCUGGAGCUGGUGGUGAACAAGUGAAAACGCCAAGUCUUCAAUCAAAUAUGUUUAAAAUGCAACGAAAUCGAACCCUCAAAAAAUCAUACGUCGAUGUCUUCAAUCCUUCCGGGGCCCCAGCAAAGCCAAUCGAGCCGGUCUUAGCUCCAAUGCUGCCACAACCAACUAUCCCUCAGGGUGGUAUCUUCGUUCCUGCGCCGGUACCAGCUGAUGAUAGCGCUGCACAGCAACAACAAUCACAAGAGGGAAUGCCUCAAUUCUACAACCCCAACCAAUUCAGUGGCUACCAGCAGUAACGUGUGCGUGAUGUAUUAUCUACGGUGAUGAAUUCUUGUAAUAGUAGUUAUUAUCGAUUUGUUUCUUCUUAGUUUUAAUUGUUAUCUGUUAGGGAUUUUUCCUCCCUUUGUAGUUCGCGUCAACUAGAAAAGACGGAAAGUAGGGAGAGGUAGAGCGAAUAUAAAGCAAGUCAGCAAGAAACCUGAACCUCUUGUGGUUGUAAAAUGAAGGGGAAUCUUAGUUAAAAUAUUCUUUCAAAUUAUGUUACGAUGCUCGUGUCACUUGUAAUCGUGUACAGAGGAAACAGAACCUAAGUUGGCUGCAUAUUUUUUUUAUAACAAGAUUGUACAUUUUUCGUGUUUAAUUUAAAAAGAAACCAAGGUUUGUAAAUUUCAACAUAAAUACAGGCAUUUGCAGCGACUUUAGGAAAAAUCUAAUAAAAGCGAAAAGUUAGUAUCAAGA